AAGCUUUACUCACAUCCGCUGCUCCCCAUCGCGCCCCCAUUCUCUUUCGCCUCCGGUGGCAGAUCGACGAUGGGUAUACUGGUCAUCUCGGCCGACCUGAAAUGCUGCCGCUGCAAGGAGAAGCUCUCCAAAAUCCUCUGUAGCCUGAGAGACAAGUAUGGCAUCGAGAAGACGGAGUACGAGGACAAGGACGACAGGGUGAUCGUCCGCGGCAACUUCCCCACCGACAAGCUCCGCAGCGUCAUCUGGUGCAAGGCCGGCCGCAAGCUCAUCCGGGACAUCGCCGUCGUUGACGUAUGGCCGCCGCCGAAGAAGCCGGAGACAGCUGGUGGCACUACUCCUGCUCCCGCCGUUGCGAAUCCUCCGCCCGCCGCAACGGUCGCCGCUACGCCGCCCAAAGUUGAUGGCGCCGGUAAUAAGGGGGAGAAGCAGCCGAAGACGACGACGCCACCGCCGCCGCCGCCGGUGCCGCUGCCGUACCCGUGGCCGCCGUGCUACUACCCCCCGAUGCAGCAUUGCCAGACCUCCUCCACUACGUGGACGGGGAGCUGCCCGACGCAGUGCCACUGCUGCCCCAAGCCGCCGCCGCCGGAGACGAAGACGAAGGCGUGCGAGUACUGCUCGCGCGACCACUGCCACGGCGGCUGCAAGAUCACCCCGCCGCCGCCGCCGCCGAGCCGAUGCGGCGGCUGUGACCACGCGGACUGUGGCGGCUGGUGCGGCGGCCAGCCGCCGAUCAACUGCCCGCCGCCGCCGCCGCCGAGCCGGUGCGGCGGCUGUGGCCACGGCGACUGUGGCGGCUGGUGCGGCGGCCACAGGCCGCCGAUCAACUGCCCGGCGCCGCCGCCGCCGUGCUGCCAGCAGCAGCCGUGGGGCGGAGGCUGUCAGUACGACGAGAACGCGUGCUCCGUCAUGUGAUUUUUGAGCGGUAAUUAAUUUGCCUCGGAAAUCGGAAUGAAUAAAUUAACGCACGACGUUGAUGUUAAUCCGGCGUUGUGUCCGUGGCGCUCUGUGGUGUGUAAAUCUAAGUGAGUUGAAUAUCAUUACAACACAUUCAUUAUUAGUAUUGUGGCAGCCAACUGCCUACAAGAAUAAUGUUUGUGCUUAAAAAUUAAAACCAUGUAGUUUCUUGUCUAUAUUUGACAUGUGUAAUUAGUUUGUUGUGUAUGUUUGGCACGUAUAUGUAAUUUGUUUUGUCUAUAAUUGACAUAUUUCAUAUGUAAUUAAAGUCGAAUAUAAUUAUCUCUUUUCUCUA